AUGUUCGCAAGACACAGUCUACGAACCACCUCGACCGGCCUCCGUAACUUCUCAACCACCACCACAAUGGCAAAACGACUACGGAUAGGAUAUGUGCCAGAACACUUCAGUACACCCCUCGCCUUUGCGCACACCCACUACGAUCUCAACGCCGACCUCAUACCCUUCCCAACCGGCACAGGUGCCCUCGCCGGAGCGCUUAAACACGAUUCCAAAAGCCAGCCUAUCGAUGUCGCCAUAGGCCUCACCGAAGGCUUCGUUGCAGAUUUGGGCAAGACCAGGUCAGCAGGUGAGGACCGUCGCUACGGCCUCGUGGGCACGUACGUUGAAUCGCCUCUCUGCUGGGCCAUCUCCACAGGCGCAUCACGAAGUGAUGUAACGUCCGUCUCCGAUCUGAAAGACAAAAGAGUAGGAGUGAGCCGCAUAGGCAGUGGAAGCUAUGUCAUGUCCUACGUCCUCGCAGACCAGCACGGAUGGCUCGCACCAUCCACAUCAGGAGGCACUCGAGAUCCAUUCCAGGUAGAGGUAAUUGGAGACUUCGCCGCGCUACGCAAGAGCGUCGAGAAAGAUAAGAGCAGCGACUUCUUCAUGUGGGAGCACUUCACAACCAAACACUACUGGGACAACGGCGAACUCAAACGAAUCGGAGAAAUAUACACACCCUGGCCGAGUUGGGUGAUUGCUGCGCGCAAUGAUGCGGAUGGCGUGCAGGAGAUGCUGCAGAAGGUGAAUCAGGGAGUGAAGCAUUAUUUGGGGAAUAAGGAGGAGGCGGUGGAGUAUAUUACAGGGAACAUGAGGUAUUCGAAGGAGGAUGUGUUGGAGUGGAUGAAGACUGUCAGGUUUGCGGAGGAUGUGAAGGGCGUGAGGGGAGUCAUGAUUGAUGAGACGGCGGGGGUGUUGAGAAAGGCUGGGGUGUUGAUGGAAGAUGCUGGAGGGAGUGAGCAUAUGGUUAGCAGCAAGCGGGAGUAG